UACAACCCCCGGACGACGACACGGAGGCGGCCCAACAACAGUUCAAAAUCAUCACAGGGCAAAGCAACAUGGCGCUUGAUUUUGCUGCUACUUACAAAGUACUUGUGCUGGGGGAUUCCAAUGUGGGAAAGACGUGCAUUGUUCAUCGAUACUGCGAUGAACGUUACUAUGACACUUAUAUAUCUACCAUUGGCAUUGACUUCAAGCAGAAGAUCAUAAAUCUAGAUGGCACACCGAUCAAACUGCAAAUUUGGGACACUGCUGGUCAAGAGCGUUUUAGAACCCUGACCACUGCCUACUACCGAGGAGCGAUGGGUAUUCUCCUGAUGUACGAUGUCACCAGUCUUGAAAGCUUUAAUCAUCUGUCCUACUGGCUUCGGAACAUCCAAGAAAAUGCUUCACCAGACGUCGUGAAAGUUCUCGCAGCGAAUAAAUGCGACGCGACGAGUCACAGAGCCGUGGACAUCGAACGGGGUCAAAAAAUAGCUGACAAUUUCGAUAUGCCGUUUUUCGAAGUGUCCUGCAAGGAGAACAUCAACAUCGAGGAUGCUUUCCUGACACUCGCUAGGCGGAUACGUGAGCAGAGAGGUCGAAGGGCAAGUUUGUUCGAGGCGUCAGAGAGAGAAGGUGCAGACAGCAUCAUAAAAGCUCAAUCGCCCUCCCAACAAGGUGACGCUUGGAGAUGCUCCUGUUAGCCAGCAACUGGUGAAAUUUUAUAAUAAAUUUUUAUACAGAAGGACAAGUGUCCUUCAACAGAAAAUGUCGCUGACCAAGUCAAUCCUAUAAUUGACUAGUAAGAUUUGGUGAUUUCAUUAGGAAUAUCAUUCUAAUGACCCUAGAUUUUUAACUAUGAUUUAUCACAAAUUGUUGGCAUAUGUGGGUAGAACUGCAGCACAGGUGCAUCUCAAUCACUCGUUGAACUAUAUUAAUUGUUUUCAGUUUCGUAUUAUGAAGGGCCUAAUUGCAAUUAUGAUCAGCACAAUCAAUACUCGCGAUAUAUUAUAUGUAAAAAUGAUAAAGUAUGAAUUUGAACCAAAGACUUCAUCAAGCGCAUUGUGAUCGACGUCUUGUGAGACAGGGAGAAAUAAUUGAGGACCACGAGUUUGAAGUAGCUUAAUAGGUUCGACGUAUUGAAUAUUAAAAGGAAAAUUGUUAUUGGUUGAGGAUCAAAUGGUUUUGAGGGUCAAUCAGCCCUUGAGGAGGUUUGAAGUUGAGGGGCAAAUUGCUCUUAAAGACGUGUAUGGUUAAGGGUCAAACCGUUUUUAGGGCCAUUUGACCCACAACUUGGAACUUUUUUAAGGGUUGUUUGACCUUCAAGAUCAUUUGACCC